ACUCACACUUUUGCUUAGCAGAAAUUCAGAGGUACAGAGCAAAGAAGCUCCCAGGGAAAGGGUGGCAAAGGAAAACUGAGUUGUGCCCUUUUCCCUCUAAGAAAGAGACACAAACAGAAGAAAAACGAUGGAGAGGAAGCAGGGAGAGGUGGACCACCUGGAGCGGCCAAGCCCUCUGACUGACAAGGAGAAGGUGAUGAUUCAGGACUCAUGGGGAAAAGUCUUCCAGAACUGUGAUGAUGUUGGAGUGGCCAUACUCGUCAGGCUGUUUGUGAACUUCCCUUCAUCUAAGCAAUACUUCAGCCAGUUCAAGAACAUUGAGGACACAGAGGAGCUGGAGCAGAGCUCCCAGCUCAGGAAACAUGCUCACAGGGUCAUGGAUGCCAUCAAUACAUUAGUGGAGAGCAUUGACAACUCAGAAAAGGUGGCAUCAGUACUGAAGCUGUUGGGCACAGCCCAUGCUCUCCGACACAAGGUGGAUCCUGUCUACUUCAAGAUUCUGAGUGGUGUGAUUCUGGAAGUACUGGGAGAAGAGUAUCCAGAAGUUGUGACACCAGAAGUGGCCACAGCGUGGACCAAACUCUUGGCAACAGUUUGUUGUGGUAUCAACGCCGUCUAUGAGGAAGUGGGCUGGACGCAGCUCCCGACUUCAACUGGCUGAGGCUCUUGGAUGCAGAUCUUUCAAAUUUUCUGCAGCUUCAAAAGUCAGGAAUCAACUGACUGUAAUCUGGGAACACAGUUUGGUAUAAUCUAUGGUAAUCAAGGAACAUGGAAUAUAUACAUUAUAAAAACAAAAAUAAGAACAAGUAUGGUGCCCUUUUUACAGAUAGCAGUGUUUUUGUGAAAGAGAGGAUGUAAGACAUAUAAAGUACAGCUCCCCUCCUUGCAUUUGUACUCUUGUAAAAGACAAACCCAAUAAAAGAAUAGAGCAAAGAGGAAGAAAAUGCAAAAAUACACCCAGCAGUGGAUGAGAGGCCACAUUUGACUUGGGUGUGCCUUCUGCUGAAUGUGUAUUUGGAGAAACUGAAAUGUAAACAGCAUCUUUCUAGAAUGUUUUGCAGAUGUUUCCUCUUAUCAGUCUGUAUCCACCUGUGUUUACUUAGAUAUGAUGAAUACUGAAACAUUUCUACAAUUUUUAAAAGUUAAUGGUGAUAAUGUACAUUUUUCUUUUUUCAUUUCAGCUCACAUUUUUAACCUGUAACUUAGUCUAGUUUAAAAUAAAAUUACAUCAAAAAUCA